UAGAUCAUCAGAACCACCGUGGAUCUACAGCGGGAGUAAUUUUGGAACAACAUCAGAAAAGUACAGAAAGAAUAACUUAACGAUGAGCGACUCAGGUUCAUCAAGUCCUCCCGACGAUUUUAGACCUCCGUGCGGUCUCACAAGCCAGGAAGAUCCAACACCGUGGAUCAAAGCGAUGGCUCUGCUGCACAGUGUCCCCCCUCAGGUCCUCAGUUGGACAGGCCUCUGUUGGCUCCUCUGCAUAGUCGGUACAGGACUGCUUGCUGCGGUUGUAAUUUGGACUGUGAGGCUGCUGCUGCGUCACGCCUGGUUCACUCACAAGCUGUCCUGCUUCAGCAAACCACAAACACGCUCGUGGCUGCUGGGCCAUCUCGGACAGAUGCAGAGCAAAGAGGAAGGUCUCCUGCAGGUGGAUGAGUUGGUGCAGACGUUCAAACACUCCUGCUGCUGGUUCAUUGGACCUUUCUAUCACCUGGUCAGAGUCUUCCACCCUGACUAUGUCAAACCUCUGCUAAUGGCACCUGCCAGCAUCACAGUGAAAGAUGACCUCAUUUAUCGCUUUCUACGCCCAUGGCUGGGACGCAGUGUGUUGAUCACUGACGGAGAGGUGUGGUCUCGCAGGAGACGGCUGCUGACUCCAGCUUUUCAUUUUGAUAUUCUGAAGAGCUACACUGUCAUAUUUAACUCCUCAGCUAAAACCAUGCAUGACAAGUGGUGCCAACUUGCGGCAGAAGGCAAGACUAAUAUAGAGAUGUUUGACCACAUCUCUCUGAUGACUCUGGACAGUUUACUGAAAUGCGCAUUCAGCUACAACAGCAACUGUCAGGAGUCUUCCAGUGAGUACGUGUCAGCCAUAGUGGAGCUCUGUGGCCUGAUAAUCGAUCGACGACAGCACAUUUUACACCACUGGGACUGGAUUUACUGGAAGACUCAGCAGGGGAAACGUUUCAAACAAGCCGCAAACAUUGUACACAGGUUCACCAGAGAUGUGGUUCAAAAGCGUCGUGCCCUCCUCAACCAACAGAGGGAGACAGAAACACAGUCUGAUGUUGCCCCAACACCACAGAAGAGGAGAGAUUUUGUGGACAUCCUGCUGCUGACAAGGGAUGAAGAUGGACAAGGCCUAACAGAUGAGGAGAUCCAGGCUGAGGCCGACACCUUCAUGUUCGCAGGUCACGACACAACAGCCAGCGCCAUCUGCUGGACGCUGUAUAAUUUAGCACGCCAUGAACACUAUCAGGAAAAAUGCAGACAGGAAGUGAUGGACCUGAUGAAAGGACGAGAUGGGCAUGAAAUUAUGUGGGAGGAUCUGUCUGACCUUCCCUUCACCACCAUGUGCAUCAAAGAGAGCCUCAGACUCCACGCUCCUGUGCAGGGUGUAUCACGGAAGUACACCCAGGACAUGGUGCUGCCAGGGAAUCGCACAGUCCAAGAGGGUGCAGUCUGCUUCGUCAGCAUUUAUGGAACACAUCACAACCCCGCUGUCUGGACAAACCCAAAUGAAUUUGAUCCCCUACGAUUUGACCCGAGCAACACAAAGAGCCAAGCUUCUCAUGCCUUCAUCCCCUUCUCCUCUGGCCCCAGGAACUGUAUCGGCCAGAAAUUUGCCAUGGCUGAGCUUCGUGUCAUCGUGGCGUUGACCCUGCUCAGGUUCCGCCUGACCCCGGGGGUGAACCCUGAACAUGGUUCAUCAGGAGUUCGCCGUCUCCCCGAAAUUGUCCUGCGUGCAGAGGGAGGCCUGUGGCUGCAGCUGGAGCCUCUGGAUACAACUAAACAGGAGCAGUCAGAUGAAUGAAGCAAUAAGAUAAUGUUAGCUUCUUUUUAGAAAAUAGUUACGAAAAGCUCAGCCAGGAAAUGAGCUUAAUGCAAUCCUUACAUUGAUGCCAUUGUAGUAGUAACUUCCUGUUAUUUGACCUCACUCUUUAGUGUUCUUAUCUAAUCUAGCUCAAACACUAAUAUCCAUGCAAAUCUUUCAUUGCAGGCAGCUCUCAGACCCCAAUUAGUGGUUUGAUUUUGAGGUUUUACACACUGACAUUAGAACUGAAAUCUUCAGAACACCAUUCAGAACACCAUUGGUCAUGCUGGCGACCAUUCGACAAUCUGGUCUGUCAUAUCCAUUCCUCCCCUUACUCCAGCCAGCAGCACCGGGUUGCCAGUCAUACAUGCUUCUAUCUCAAACCCUUUUCCUCCUCCUGACAGGGCAGCUUCUAAGUUUGUGGCAAAAUGUAAUAGCUCAGGCCACUUCUUUUCAACCAAAUGCUGUUCAGUUCUUAUUGGCUACAUCAAUUCCUCCUCCCAAUCCAUUGGCUCCAAAAACCUCCCCAGUCUCAGCACACCUUCUGUGGGAGGGCUUUAUAAAUAAAGUGGUAUGAUAUGGUAUGGUAUGGUAUGGUAUCCCCUCCAGCCUGGCCAAACAACCCAACUGACCCUCAACACUGCUUGGUUUCAGGCUUUUCCGCCCAUGUGGAAACUCAGUCGCAUUACUCUCAUCAUGAUGGUAGGUGGUUCUUCCAUAAUUGGCCUAAAUUCAACCAUUAGCUCCAAAACUGCUUCCCACCAUCACUUACUGUUUAUUUACAAAAUAUACCCAGUAGUCAAGACUGUCUUACUCAAACAAAGCAAAACUAACCAGCAAGUCAGCCUCCUUUCCAUGUUCAAGAUAAACUCAUCUCUAAACACUUAUUACAAUCCUUGGUCCACUCCCUCCAACUUCAACUCUUUACCUUCAGACCCUCUGUUCAUCACCAAGUCCAACCACAUCGCAACCAUUCCCAUUCCUCUAACUCUUCCUUCAAUUUCUCUCAUUGUGUGGAAUUUUUCCUCAUCCCUUUUCCAGGUAUUCCUUCCACAUUGGUGCUGCUACAGCCACUUCUUGCAAAGGAAUUUCAGACUUAUUAUUAUUUCUGAAAGUUUGGAGAUUUACAGUAAAACAGUGCCUCUAUGAAAAAGUUUGCAUUUAUUUCAUUAUAUUUGAUGCAUUCGCAUUCAUUUGAUGCUCUGUAAUAACUUCUUCAAGCAAAGUCACAUUGCUCUUGUUAAAUGAGUGUUCUACACUAGUAAACGAUGGAUUACCCAGCAGUCAUAAACUUACCGUAUUUUUUUUGCUUGUUGUUGUUUGGUUAACUUGCAAUGGCUCAGGUACGAGGUGGUGAGCUGAACAGUGGGGCAAAAUGGAUAUCACACUGUCUUGGUAUUCAACACAAACCUGUGUUUCACUCGAGGAUAAACUUCAGUUAGGAGUUUUCCCACAGCAACCCUUCUGGCAAUGAAACACAUUAAUGUGCCAUCCUGGAGGAGCUGGACCACCUGUGCAACCUCAUGAUGCCAGCAGUGGCACUAACCCUAGCCAAAUGCAAAACUAGUUAAUAAAAUGAAAACAUUUCUGUUUUGGGGGUUGUCUCAUUGUCUUGUGCAUCUGUUGUUAAUUUCAUUAAAACCAAAGCAUCUGAAACUGAUUAACAACCCCCUCUGCUACCUAACUGACAGGAUCGAUAUCCAAGAGGGUUGUCUUGAUGCUAUCCUUUGAUUAAAAAGUGUUCCUUUUAAUUUUUUGAGCAGUGUAGAAGUAAUAAUAUUUUACAAUUCU